GAGCAGGCGCUGUGCAUGCUGGGCUGUGAUCAUGGUGGUGUACGGACAGGAAGGAGGCUGGAAAGCAGCCGGGAGCCCCAGAUCUCCGUAGAUCUACUGGAGGACACCACCGGGGAUGGGCGGGUGGUGGUGAGGAGGACUGGGGUCACCUGGGAGCUCCUUUAUAAAGACCUGAUUGGUUUCCAGCUACGCUACCGCCUGCUACAUUGGGCACUUUGGAACGUGGGUGAAGAUCACACAGGUUACCCUGAUCUCAGCAUUCUAGAACGUUGAGCCUCUGGGGGAUACGUUAUAUCUUCCUGAAGAACCCACCAGCCAGGGAAGACCGUUGCCUGGAAACCCUGGGAGAUGGUGACAUCGGAAGAGUGUCGGAAGGACCAUGGUUGAGAGGACCAGCAAAUUUUUGCUGAUCUUGGCUGGCUCGGUGUUCUUCAUGCUGAUCCUGUACCAGUAUGUGGGACCAGGGAUGAAUUUGGGAUCUCCAAGCAGGUACUACCAAGAGGACCUGGACCUUUUCCCAACCCCAGACCCUCACUAUGUCAAGAAGUACUUUUUCCCAGUGAGGGACCUGGACCGAUCUCUGACCUUUGAUAUGAAAGGGGACGAUGUUAUUGUCUUCCUGCACAUCCAGAAGACCGGGGGGACCACUUUUGGGAGGCACUUGGUGCAGAACGUGAGGCUGGAGGUGCCCUGUGACUGCAGACCUGGCCAGAAGAAGUGUACCUGCUACAGACCUAACAGGAAGGAGACUUGGUUAUUUUCCCGUUUCUCCACUGGUUGGAGCUGUGGACUUCAUGCAGACUGGACAGAGCUUACUAACUGUGUGCCAGGGGUGCUUGAUAAGAAGGAGACCUUAAUGAAGAUGAGAAGUUAUUCUGAGACGCGCUUACUCCCAGAGAAAAAUGCCGGAUGGAAAUUUUAUUACAUUACACUGCUAAGAGACCCUGUCUCCCGAUACCUCAGUGAGUGGAGACAUGUGCAAAGAGGAGCCACCUGGAAAACAUCCCUACACAUGUGUGAUGGAAGGACACCAACACCAGAGGAGCUGCCGUCCUGCUAUGAAGGCACAGACUGGUCAGGGUGUACAUUGCAGGAGUUUAUGGAAUGUCCGUACAACUUGGCCAACAAUCGCCAGGUGAGGAUGUUGGCGGACCUCAGUCUUGUUGGAUGCUACAAUAUGUCCUUUAUCCCUGACAACAAGCGAGCGCAGCUUCUGCUAGACAGCGCCAAAAAGAACUUAAAGGAUAUGGCAUUUUUUGGCCUUACGGAAUUCCAGCGAAAGACUCAAUAUCUCUUUGAGAGAACUUUUAAUCUGAAGUUCAUCAGACCUUUCAUGCAAUACAACAACACUCGUGCAGGUGGAGUUGAUUUAGACAAUGGCACUAUACAAAGGAUCGAGGAGCUUAAUGACUUAGACAUGCAACUGUACGACUAUGCAAAGGACCUUUUCCAGCAGCGCUAUCAGUUCAAGAGGCAGGUAGAGCGAAUGGAACAACGCAAGAAGAAUCGUGAGGAGAGACUUCUUCAGCGGUCCAACGAGGCUUUUGCCAAGGAGGCAGAGGAUGUUCGCUGGCCUACAGAAGACUACAUGAGCCAUAUUAUAGAGAAGUGGUAGACAGAUAUGUACUUUUAUACUACUGGAAAAACUGGUUUCACAUUUGUUAUUCUAUAUUGUAUAAAAUACUGAACAUUAUAAAUAAGAACACUUUUUAUUUAAUGUUGUAGCACAGAGCUCAAAGCUUCAGUAAUUGUUCAACCCUACGGUAUGUGGGACAAUGUCCCUUAUUUUAAUGUAGUGAGAAAGUGACCACACAGUGUCAACAAUCCUAGGUUUCAUUCACACUAGGGAGUCAUUAAAGCAUUGUUAACUGUGUUUUUUGUAUCUUGCUUCACAAAUUCUCAAGAGGAAAAUGAACUAAUAACAGUGGUAUGUUUAAUAGCCUAAAACACAUUCUUGCUCUUAUAACCCUUAAACAAAUCCCGUAUGUUGGCCAAAGACAACAAUUUGCAGUGAGAAACUAAAUUGUAUUUGUACCUCUUCCUUUUUUUAUUAUUUUAUAAAGCUAUGUAAAAACAAAUUUCUAUUUUUAAAAUGUUGUACAGGUAUGGGUAACAAUUUUUUAUAGGAUGUUAAUAUUGUUUGUUUGAUUUUGCCUUUAUUAAUCUUAAUAAUGCAAUCAAAAGAGAACAGUCAAUGUCUUCUAUUAGAUUAUGUGUAUGUCCCUUUUAUGUCCUGGUUUAAGUUUGGGAUCUAUGCAAAUUACUUUCAUUCACGCUUACCGAUGCUAUCUUGAAGGCCGUAGAGUGAAUAAUGUAAGUCCAUCCUACGCACUAAAUCACACUCUUGACAUCUGUCUCCUUUGUUAGUAGGUGCCUUCAACUUAGCUUUUAGAAGCUGAGAGAUCAUUUUAACAACCCAUUUAUUAAACUUGAAGGUUAUUAAAGAUUAAAAAUAAGUUCAGGAGGAAAAAAAAAAAUCAAUAAACUAAACUCCGAUCUUGUACAGCUACACUGGACCAAUCUUCAGCAUAGCCAUAGUUCAACAGCUAGGCGAACCCAGACUGAGGUGCUUGGUUGUUUCUACCGGCAGAGAAUCCCAGAGUAUUGGGUUGUAAUCAGGGAGACGGAACAUGUUUUGUCAGAUCUGAUUGGACAAUUGCUUAUCCAAUCAGCAUAAAUAACCAUUCAAUACAGUUUGUGCACAUUUGUACAUCAAGGUUUUUAUUCUUGGAGAUGCAAGCAGUGCUGGACCUGUGCAGGGGGUAUAGGGAAUAUUAUGUAUCAGUUCUCCUAAAAAAAAAAUAGGGAAUAUAAAUAAAAUGGAGCUUUAUAUAAUGCUCUGUAAGAAGUGGCAGGGCUCCUGUAGUGGAGUAGAGAAAAUGUAUUUGGUAUAACAGAGCUUUUACACACAAGUUUUCCUAGGAUUUUCUCGUACAAGUUAAGAGCAGUAGUUGAUCCUUUUUGGAUUCAAAAUUGCCAUUAAUAAAGAAGCAAUCGAACUCUUACAUGCAGUAGAUCAAUGUAACACUAAGUGUGUGAUGUUGAGGUCACAUUGGAGCAAUGUUGCGCCACUAUUACCAUUACAUGCUGUUCCUUGGCAACAUGUGCAUCGCUCCAACAUCACUUGGAAUUGAAUUGUCCCCUUAGUUUUUGGCCAGAUAUUUUGUAAGAGAGUGCUUUUUUCUGAUGGUACUGGAUUUGCACCCUACUGCUACUGAACACAUUGGCUUGCUUGCAGGAUUCCUUAAGUUCUUUUCAGCCAGUAUGUCACUAGGUAAUAGGUUUUAUUAUACUUGGCAAACCUGUUAAAUUAUAUGAAGGUUGGUUAACCCUGGAAACAAUAAUCUAAAUUCUAUUUUUUAUUGGCAAAUAAGUGGAACUUUUAGCUAUUGCGAGUGUCGCACCGAGGGCCGGAUGUAAUGACGCCCAAGAUCACUGGAGGUGCGUAAUGCCGUCCGAUCUUGGAUGUUUUUGUAAAGGGGCAAUAAAUGAAAAGGCAAAAACCAUGCCUUGUAAGUGGUUGCCUUUUUUAAAAAAAAUGUUCGAGAUCGGCCGGUGUCUUGUACCUACGGUGUCUUGGGUGUCAUUACAUCCGGCCCCUAUUGUUUUUCCCAUUUGAACUCGUGAUCUAGAACACAUAAUAUCUAUUAUUGAUUUGAGUACACACCUGCGGCGGGAUGUAAUGCCGCCCCGAGUCCGGUGGCUGUGCGGGAUGCCGGCCGAACUCGGACGUUUUUUUAAAGGGGCAAUCACUUACAAGACAUGGUUUUGCCUUCUAAGUGAUUGCCCCUUUAAAAAAAAGUGUCAGAAUUCAGCCGGCAUCCCACAUCCCGCUGCAGGUGUUUUGUCAAUCAGACUGAACAACUGCAUCUGAUAACCUUUCCCAAUUCAGGUUCCAUUAUUUCCAGACUACAGGAUCAUAUAGGAUUGAUUGAUUCAACCAAAUUGGCUGAAAUUUACCAAAUUAGUCACCAUUCUCUAUGCAUCUUAUUUAUAGAGCGCUGCCAUAUAUUGUUGAACAUUGUAAUUGCUAACAUUCUGUCUGAUAAAGAAUAGAGCAGAUUACCCAUGGUUAGUAGUGUCCUUAUAUUAAACAUAUCACUGUUUCUAGUACGUUAAGUCUCAAUAGGGUGAACUUGGACCUGUCAUAAAUGUACCCACUAGCAAGACUAGUCCAUAUUAAGGACACAGCCCCACUUAGUGUUGAAGAGUGGUAUUGCAAGAAAAGCACUUCUGUGGGAAUUGUAAUUGUGUAUUUAGCAUUUUACAGCAGUGUACUUCUAGGAUCCCCAAAUCAAGAUGAACUUGUGCUAAUUACGAGCCUUUUAAUUAGAACAUUGACAUUUGACACUUAUUUAAUUUUCUAUUUUCUGUUCUACACAAAUGUGACAUGUUUGCUCAUUGUAAUAAAUCAAAAUAUGUUAAUUUAUUGAAAUGAGCAUGUCUGAAUAUUUAAAGCUAUUUAAAUGAUCAUACAAGUACACAAUCUGUUUUGUCUUUGGAAAACCUUUUAAUAUGUCCCCUUUUACGAAGGUAUAAAUAAACAUUACCCUCUGUUCCUUACUGGAUCUCUCUCCCUCUUUUCCUCCCUUGUUCCCUUUGCCUGUUUCUAAUGUUGCACACAGUAAAUUUUCUAAGCCAUUUAUAUCACUGUGAAACACACUUGUCAUGUUGCUUUAAUAAAUAAAAGAUGGAUAAUGAAGAA